AUGUCAGCUGAUUUCAAUGAUUGCAUUGACUUCAGCUUCACUCCAGAAGAGUUUGAGAGUAAGUGGACUGCUUUUGUGCUGAAGUGGCCGGUUGUUGGUGGUACUCACUUUGAUAAGCUCUAUGAGUACCGAUCUAUGUUUGUGCCAUGUUACUUGAAACAUAGGUUUUUCCCUUUCUUGCAAUCAACACAAUGUAGUGAAGGAAUCAAUGCUGUCCUGAAGCGUUAUGUUAACCCCCACAACUCUGUGUUGAACUUUGUGAAGCAAUAUGAGAAGAUUCAGACGCAUGUGCUUGUCCGAGAGGGUGGGAAUGACUACAGGACAUACCACCUACAUGCUGAGUUGUGGUCCAAUUUUCCAAUUGAGAAGCAAGCUUAUAAUGCCUACACUAGAGACAUUUACCACAAAUUUCAUACCGAGUUUGAGUUAAUUGGGAGAUACAAUGUGCGUCCCCAUGGUGACCAUGCGUAUGAGCUUUAUCCAAACAACGAAGGAUGGGUGCCUAGUUAUGGUGAUAGGAGCUAUUUCGUGACAGUGGAAGCUGCUGCUGAAGAAUACAAAUGUGAGUGCUACAAGAUGUGUAAAGAUGGAAUGUUGUGUUGCCACAUUUUGAAUUGUUUUACACAUCUUGGGGUUGAUGUAAUCCCUGGGAGAUACAUACUUAGAAGGUGGACACAACAAGCAAUUACAGGAGCAGGAUCUGCUGUUGAGGCAGAUCCUGACGAGAUGCCACCGGCGUCAAAGAAGCAACUCCGUCAUACAAACUUGUCAAUGGAUUUUGCUAGUAUUGCUCGGGUUGCUAGUGGGUCAGAUGCUACUACCGCAAUUCUGAAGAAACACAUGAGAGCAACGCACACAGAGCUUAACCAUUUCAACAAGUGCAAGAAAAAGAAGGCCAAAAUGCAUGCUCAUCCAGGGCAUGGCGCCCCUCCAACAGCAACUAGUGCUCGUAUGCCACCUCCUGAUAGUCGUGCAACUCCAUCUGUUGAUCCUACACCAGUGCCAAGUGGGUCUACACCAAUUGCAGGAGUUCCUAGGGAUCCACCUAAGUCAACCACUAAAGGGCGUGCGAAAUCUAAACGGAUCGAGUCGGCACUUGAGUUGCAUCCAAAGAGAAAAAACAAAUGUUCCUUUUGUAGUUCAGUUGACCACAAUGCUGCAAAUUGCCCAGGGCGGUUGGUUUGA